AGCCCAACAACAGCAGCAAGAGGUAAGGUAAGGUAGUCGCGUAGAGUAGUGUUGCUCCCGAGCCGGGCGUGAGCGAUGACGAUGAUGCGAUCUCUCCUCCUCCUCCUCGUGGCGCUCGCCGCCUCCGCCGCCGCCGCCUCCGCCGUGCAGGAUGCGCCCUUCGUCGUAGCGCACAAGAAGGUCGCGCUGUCCCGCCCCGGCCCCGGCGUCGAGCGCCUCGCCGUCACCCUCGACCUCUACAACCAGGGUUCCGUGACCGCCUAUGAUGUUAGCUUGAACGAUGACUCUUGGCCACAGGAAGCGUUUCAACUUAUCUCUGGAACCACUUCAAAGAUUGUUGACAAACUUGAUCCCGGUGCUACUGCUUCCCACAACUUCAUCUUGGAGACCAAAACGCAGGGCAAGUUUCAAGGCUCUCCUGCCAUUAUCAGAUACCGUGUUCCCACAAAGGCUGCACUUCAGGAGGCCUACUCAACGCCCAUGUUUCCCCUUGAUAUUCUUGCUGAGAGACCUCCACAACAGAAAUUUGAAUGGGCUAAGAGACUUGUUGGGAAAUAUGGGCCACUGGUAUCUGUCGUCUCCUUUGUCGGUGUGUUUGUCUACCUGGUUGCAAGCCCAUCAAAAUCCGCUGCUGCAAAAAGCAAGAAGAAGCGCUAAAUCUGUUUAUCAGCUUUUUAUUCUUGUUGGAUUUACAAGAAUGUACUCCCUCAAAUUUUAUAAGGUUCUCCUAUGUACUCUAAUGGAUUAACUAGACCAAGGCAUCAUUGCCAUUUUGGCCUUCUGUAGCUGAGCGUCUCGGGUGAAGCCUGAGCUGACUGACUUAUAAUCAGAGGCGUAGAUUUGAUACAUCUUAAAUCAUUCCAGUGGUUUUCUCAUUUCCUAAA